CGCUCGGCGCGUGCGCGGCGGCGGGCGCGCGGCCAUGGCGGACGCGGUGCUGUUCCGGCGCGGCACCGGGCAGAGCGACGACUCGGACAUCUGGGACGACACGGCCCUCAUCAAGGCGUACGACAAGGCGGUGGCCUCCUUCAAGAAUGCCUUAAAAAAUGGGGAGUGCUCGGAGCCUUCAGACACGCAGGAGCAGCGCCUGGUGAUAAAGAGAAAAAAACAUAAAAAGAACAGAAAUAGGAACAAGAGCAAUACAGCAGCUUUGAAACAGUGGAAAGUUGGUGACAGCUGCAGUGCUGUUUGGUCUGAGGAUGGCAAUUUGUAUCUAGCAACUAUUGCCUCCAUCAACCAGAAGAGAGGCACAUGUGUUGUCACCUACACAGGAUAUGGAAAUCAGGAGGAGCAGAACUUAUCUGAUUUGCUUCCCCCAACCAGCGAUGAAACAGUAAAUGGGAUGGGGCAUUCUGGGGAGAAUGAAAAUGAGACUCCAUAUUCAACAGAUGAAAGUGAAAAAUCUUCCCAGUCACCUCGAAACAAAAGCAACUGCACAAAAGCAAGAUUUUCCCCUCAAAACUUGAGAUUUCCCACACCACCACCACCAGCCCCAGGCCUAGGAAGAUCUGGAUCAAAAUUCAAGGCACCUCCCUCAUUUUUAUCGUGCUGGCCCCCACCCUUCCCACCAGGACCACCAUUGAUUCCUCCUCCUCCACCACCCAUGAGGCCAGAAUCUGCUGAGGACGACGAAGCAUUGGGGAGCAUGUUGAUAGCCUGGUACAUGAGUGGUUACCACACUGGAUAUUACCUGGGUUUAAAACAAAGCCGAAUGGAAGCAGCGCUGGAGAGAGAAACACAUAGAAAGUAACCACGUACCCACCAUUGUUCUGAAGGAUUCCAGGUACAAAUCUUUUCCACUGAGAGGUGUGUAUCACUUAUGCAUUGGUGGUUGAUGGUGAAGAACUGAAUUUUAUCAAGACAAUUAGUCAUAACAUUUUCGUAACACUGAGCUGUCCCUGUUAACAAAUAAAUAACUUCAGAAUAGUAAUUGAAUGUGCAUUGAAAUGAGCUCUUUCUUAAAGACUUGUAGUAAAUGUAUUGCAAAGUACUGCAGCAACAAAAUACUUUUUACUUCCCUGAGGCAAUUUCAAGUCGUCUUACUAUAUGAUAGAUUUAACUCUUUUGACCCCAUGUGAUAGAUUUCAUAUAUCUCUCAACAUGUUUUGCAUUCCUUCGACUUUCUGUCAGAAUGGCAGCACCAGAACAAUUCAUUAUGGAAUCCUCUUAGGCGAGAACUAUGGCGGCAGUGUGUGUUACAAUGGCCACUGGUGGCACUGGCAUGGAAAACAAUGUACUGUCACAGUAGGAGGGACAUCUUACAGGUCUGAUUAGAAUCAUGAAAUAUGACAGCUUUUUUCAGGAAGGCUAUUGUCUUGUUUCAAAUGUGUGAAUAAAGUUCUACUUCUUAAA